AUGGAGCUGCUCCGUUCUUCACUCAUUCCCAAUUAUCUCGCUCCCAAACUCACUGCCAAGACGUAUCUCCAUCACCGCGAAAGGGAAUUGAAUUUCGGAAUUCCGAAUCAUUCAUUCUCCAAAAAUACGGGUGCAACUGCGAAGCGAUGCGCAAUCGUCAAUAGUUCAAUUGAGAGAGGCGACGCCGACACUGCCUUGGUCGUCGAGAAGCCUCCGCCGAAGCCGCGCCUUUUCAAGGUCCUCCCCGACCGUCCCACGCCGUUCGGAGCCACGCUGAGACACGGUGGAGUCAAUAUCGCUAAAAUAGUGACUGAGGAAAUUGCUCUAAAUCCGCUUAUUAACAAAACCGGGGAUGUUUGGCAUGUGUUUGUGAAAGGUGAUUUCGAAGAAAUGGCCUAUGGCUACAGAGUUAAAGGGAGUUUCUCCCCGUAG